AAAAAAGACACCCUCCCAUGAAGUGUCUAUGUAAUUCCUUAAAAAUUUUCUAUCCCUGCUUUCUCCUCCUUUUUCCAUCUCCUCUCCUUCUUUUUUUCAUUGGGUACUUUCAGUUAUUGUUCUACUUGUACAUCAAUUCAUAUCCCGCCUGCUUUCUUCUAUAUUCAUUUGGUUUUAAAACAUAUAAUACAUCACCUUUCUUUUGUCUCCGAACAGGGAUUUUGCAACCCUUGUCCUACAUCGCAGGAAAGAAAGCUUGCUGCAUCCUCAUGGCUACAUUGGGCAAUUCAGCAAAUAUCUUCUGGCAUGAGUGUCCAGUUGGGCAGGCAGAAAGGCAAAAGCUACUGAAUCAGAAGGGAUGUGUUGUAUGGAUAACAGGGCUCAGUGGAUCAGGUAAAAGCACACUUGCAUGCACUCUUGGCAGAGAACUGCAUUCUAGGGGACAUCUGUCCUAUGUUCUUGAUGGGGACAAUCUUCGGCAUGGUUUAAACAAGAACCUUGGUUUUGCACCUGAAGAUCGGACAGAAAAUAUACGUCGGGUUGGGGAAGUAGCCAAGCUGUUUGCAGAUGCUGGAUUAAUUUGCAUUGCUAGUCUGAUAUCUCCUUAUCGAAAGGACCGUGAUUCUUGCCGUGCAUUAUUGCCAGAUGCAAACUUUAUCGAGGUUUUUAUGAAUAUGCCUCUAUCAUUAUGUGAAGGAAGAGACCCCAAAGGCCUCUACAAGCUAGCACGAGCUGGAAAGAUCAAAGGUUUCACUGGGAUUGAUGAUCCUUACGAGGCUCCUUCAAAUUGUGAGGUGUGCUUUCCUCGAAUUCUAUGAUAGAACGAUGUCAGUCUUCAAGUUCUUGAAAUAUUUCACCAUGAUUGAGCUACGGCAGAUUAAUGGAGUUUGCCCUGCUCCGUCUGAGAUGGCCGGGAAAGUAGUAUCCUACUUGGACGGUAAAGGAUUUCUACAAGCUUAGGGGUCAACAACCCAAAAGAUUUUAUUUUUAUUUUUUAAUUUCGUUCAUCUCUUGGAUCUAUCUGGUUGAAUACAUUCCAUGAUGAAGGUUAUGGGGUGGACAUGGUGGGGUUGCACGGUUGUCUCAUAAUGUAUUACAGAGUUUAGAGCACACUAAUCAUUACUGCAGCAGUACUUUAGUAAGGGAGCUUGAGAAAUGUAUGAUUCCAGUGAAGUAGAGGUUUGUGGAGCUGGGGAAUUAUCUAAAAGGGUCUAAUGUAUUAAUUUGGUGCUAUAGAUGGACUUGUUAGAAGAAGGAAGUCUUGGAGAGUAAACGUAUGCUUUGAAUGUUGCUUCAUCAAUUUCCUGCAGGCGCAGAAGAUUUGAUUGUUUACAGAUAUUAUAAGCUCCUUGCAUGAGAGAUACUACAGCUUUACCUGCAACUUUUGAAUCUUUGUAAAAAUUGCAUCUUUAUAUCACGUCGCCAAAGCAAAAUAGUCUCAGAGGCGCAUUCUCCUUUGUC